CAUCUUUAUCAUAUUUAGGCAAAAGGAAACACAUUUCCAAAUGGAUUUUUUUUCAUGAAGCAAUACUUACACUAGUUAGAGCAUGAGUAUACAUUAGAACAGUGCAAAAUACUUCCAGUUAUAAUACAUACUGUUUACUGUACAUUCGCUUGACCUUCAAACAGCUGAGCAGAUACAAAAUAACAUAAGAACAAACUUGUUUACAUACAAAAAGUAUCGCUUUAAAAUAAACUGUAAGGAUGUUUGUAUCUGGUACGUUUUUGGAUAAGAGUAGCUCUAUUUCAAAAUAACAUUACUCAAGUAUAAGUAAAAAGUACAGGGCAGUAUAACUAGAAAUAUAUAUUUUUCUUUCAAAAGGUAACUCAAGUAAAUGUAACUAGGUACUCGCCACCUCUGUUCUCUAACAAACCUCUGAUGCCUUCACAGAACAGCUCUAUUCAUACUGAGGUUACAUAAUAAUACACAAUCAGACUAUUUACCAAUUAGGUGACUUCUAAAUGCAGUUGGUUGUAUCAGUGUUAAAGGGGCUGAAUACAAAUACACAGCAUACUUCAGGUCAGGUCAUUUUGAAAAAACGCAAAAGAUGAAAACCAUGUAUUACUGUCUUUCCAUUUACAGUUACGCUCUACUGAGUUACUUGUCUAUGACACAAAAAAAAUCCCAAUAAAAUACUUUGAAGUCUGUGGUUGUAAAGUGAUAAAAAAGUUUAAGGGAUGUGAAUACUUUUGCAAGAAAAAAAAACAGUGAGCUGGUUGUAAACAGAAGUAUCUUAACAGACAAAAACCGACUCACAAGUUACACGUUGAAAUUUUAGCACAACACAUAACAAUUGGCUGGAUUUAGUCAUUAAGGGUUUUACAGUAAAAAAAUGUAUUUGGUUUGAUGAUUUUAAACAAAAGGAGAGACAAGGUGAUUACUCCUCAAAAAAGCAAUGACAACUCAUGUAAUUAGGGAGAUAUUGAAUCCAUUAGGCUGGACUUCAGCUGCAUUCUUGCAUGGACAAUGACAACAUUGUUGUUCCCUCUCCCUUGUAGGUCUGAACCAGGAGUUUCUCUUUCUGUCCACUCCUUUGUGCUAAUGGCUCAGCCUACACAUUGUGGCUCUAAUCACUCCCAUCUUUACACCUGAACCACCUGCCUCCUGAAGACAAGAACCAUGCAUUCACUGCUGUAAUUGGCACAUUGGGAAGUAGGGGCUGGGUGGUUACAACCGGGUGAAGAAAAAAAGUAAUGAACGCAAGCCUUAGGGAAAGUGUCUGGUUUAAAAAAAAAGUGAAGACUCUAAUGAAGGAGACAAGGACACAAACCUGUGGGAAGGAGAUGAAAAUGGAGGCAGAUGAAAAGCUCUGAGGCACUGUCACCAUGGAGACAUUGGCUGUAAAGAUGUCUUGACAACGGGCAUGCCAAGCUUCAGGCUCUUGUGGGUCGAAAAGGAGGUGAAAGUGAUGUUGUAGGGUGAUUUGAAUCAGGUUGUACAUGCAAGUAACCCCUCAAACAUCUUGUUCCUGAAGACGAGGACUUUCAGCAGAGCGAUGUCAGAGACAGUGAUGAAGUGAGUGGUCCACAACGAUGCCCACAGACAGCCCAUCUCAGCCCCCAGAGAGGAAUCAAAGAUUCAUCCAGCAAAUCUUCCACCACAGGGAGCCUACUGAGACAUGACUGCAGAGAAACAGUGAAAUUAUAUGUGCUACUUGGGGAGUGGAGUUAGAAAGGGAUAUGAAGCCAAGUCUAAAGACUUUGAGACCAAGGACUUUGACGUCUCUGUUGUUGGGCGAUCUUACAUGAUCACUGGAGCCAAUAGUGGUAUUGGCAAAGCAACAGCCAUGGCUUUAGCCAAGAAAGGUGGGACAGUCCACAUGGUGUGCAGGAACAAAGACAGAGCAGAAGAAGCCAAGUCAGAGAUUGUUUCUGAGUCUGGGAACACAGAGGUAUACAUCCAUAUCCUUGACAUGUCCCAGACUCGCAAAGUUUGGGAGUUUGCUGAGGGCUUCAAGAAAGAGUAUCCAUCCCUGAAUGUCUUGAUAAACAAUGCAGGCUGUAUGAUGCACAAGAGAGAGCUGAAUGCAGAGGGCCUGGAGAUGAAUUUUGCCACCAACACCAUGGGGGUGUAUAUUCUCACCCAGACCCUCAUACCACUUCUACAGAAGAGCCAAGAUCCAAGAGUGAUCACUGUGUCUUCAGGGGGCAUGCUGGUCCAGAAGCUCAGAGCUGAUGAUUUGCAGUCAGAGAAGGCCCACUUUGAUGGCAUCAUGGUCUAUGCACAGAACAAGAGACAGCAGGUGGUGCUAACAGAACACUGGGCUAAUGUCAAUCCUAUCAUUCACUUUUCUGCCAUGCAUCCCGGCUGGGUUGAUACUCCAGCUGUUUCUACAGCAAUGCCUCAGUUCCAUCAGAUGAUGGGGGACAGAUUGCGCAGUGUAGACCAAGGAGCAGACACAGUUGUUUGGUUAGCCCUGUCCAGGGCUGCUGCUAGAAAACCCAGUGGGCAGUUUUUCCAAGAUCGUAAACCUGUUCCCAAGCACCUGCCCCUGGCUUGGACUCACAGUUCUGCUGAAGAGAUUCAUAGUUUCAUAACUCAGCUGGAGAAUCUGGCCAAAGCUGUUCAAUCACAUGAUGUAGAUCCAGAAGGCCACGUGGACGCUUCCACACCUGUUUGUGUGAUCUAUGUUUCACAGUGUCACUGACUCAUAAAAAUGUUAUUUUUAUGUUUUAAGUCGUGUACAAUUUCCAUUCAGAAAAAAGAUGUGCACUAAAUAAAGUUAUUCUUAAUAAAUGAAAA